AUGGCGCUCCCCGGAGGCUGCAGCCAGACCCUUCUCUCAUCCACAGACUCUGCUUCCUCCACGGAAGACAGAUUUCUAAAAUCACUGGGACAGUUAUUUCCUUGUAUUGUCAAUGAUGUUACUUUCUUAACAGGUUGGCCCUUCUCCAACACUGUGUGUAAGAUGAGCGGCUUUGUGCAGGGCGUGUCAGUGUCUGCAUCAGUCUUCACCCUUGUGGCUAUUGCUGUUGAAAGGUUUCGCUGUAUUGUGUACCCACUACGACCCAAGCUGACGGUGUUCGUUGCCAAAUUAGCAAUCGUCUCGAUCUGGGUGUUAGCCGUGGCCUUCAUGUGUCCUGCUGUAGUUGCCCUGACUGUGGAGAAAGUCCCUUUCCAUUACAUGAUAUAUAAUAACAACUUCAAUCAGACAUUGCCCUUGUACACCUGCUACGAAAACUUUGCCAACCCUCGGAUGAGAAAUGUCUACACAGUGGUUUUGUUUGCACACAUCUACCUGCUGCCCCUCACAGUAAUCUCACUGAUGUACAUAAGCAUUGGAGUCAAACUGUGUUCUUCUGUGUUUGCAAACAAGGAGCCGCACUUGGCCAAUGCUACAGUCCAGGAAGGAAGCAGGAGACACGCUCAUCCGAGGGUAUCGAGGAAAAAGAUAAAGGUGAUAAAGAUGCUCAUUCUGGUAGCUUUGCUUUUCAUGUUGUCCUGGUUGCCUCUCUGGACCCUCAUGAUGAUAACAGACUAUGCAGACUUGGAUGGGAACCAGCUGGACCUUCUGACCAGCUACAUCUUCCCCUUCGCACACUGGCUAGCUUUCUCGAACUCCAGCGUCAACCCCAUCAUCUAUGGCUACUACAAUGAGAAUUUUAAGAGGGGCUUCGAGGCGAUAUGCAAGUCCAGGCCUUUUUGUUGCGUUGUGCAGAGCCAGCUGUGGAGCAGAAUUGUUGGGUGGAGGAGGAAAAGAAGGUCUGUGCAAGCACCGUGUGAAGGUACUGUUUCUAGAGAAGUUGUUAAUCACAACCAUUUUGUGUUGGGACUAAGAAAUCGAGUCCAUAAUGACAACAAGUUGAAUGACACGGCUGAGGUGAAUAGGAGUGCGAGAGUCGAGAGUGCGGUGGUCCACUCGGGAAGGGCGCUUACGGAUCAAGAGUUAGAAAUGACUGCUGUCAAUAAGAAAAGCAGUAAUGAAGCAGAAUCAGAAAAAGUUAGUUCACUGGCAAUUUCACCGUAUCAGGUGUGGGAUAACUGAAUAAUUACAGUCUUAGCAAGAGAAACCCGAAACAAAGCCAUACUGUUACACUACCGCCCCAUGAAGGACAGUCAUUAACUAUCUGAUGUCACAGGUUAAAUAUGGUUACACUUUAAAAUGAUGGUUAGAGAGUACACAUGUUAAUUUUCUACAAUUAAAGUAAGUUUUACGAGUUGAAAUGAAAAUAACAGUAUGACUAACUAACCCUUCUAACAGUCCAUAAACCAAAGACAAUCUGACUAUAUUGGUCACUUUCAUAUUAUUUUCCUGUAUCUGAACCACAAACAUCCAAUAAGGUAAGCAGGUCCUGUCGUCUGUCCUCGCCCUGCUAAGAAAGGUUUGGCUGAUCACGUGUGGAACCACAAAGACGUGUGACCACAUCAAAAGCUAACAAUGCCAGUACUUAUGCAGGCUAAAUAUACAGACCUAAUUUAAGAUCCAUGCACGAUCUUUGCCAUCAUAAGGCUUGGUCGGUAUUUUGUCUCUAUUUAUUUGAAAUAAGAAUUAGACUAAUAGCCUUUUUUCUGUCUGUUUAUCUCAUUAUCCAGCCUUUGUGCUGAGCACACAAAGACAUUUUUGUUACAAAAAAAGUUCUUCAGCUCUUCAUUGCACUUUGUACACUUAGCCUGUUUAUCCCAAAACUGAUAUGGCACAACAGCCAAAUAUUAGUCAUCUGAUAAAACAACCAGAGUGAAAAUUAACAUGUUUAAACAAACCACUAUGAGCCUUAUUAAUAGAAACACCCCCCAAAAAUAUUGGAAGAUAAACUAAGACAGAUUAGAUAUUGUGUUAGCCUUUGUAUUCAAUCAUCUGGCAGUUAAUAUAGCUCAGCUUUGCGUCUUGUGAUAUGAAAUUUGUUCCACGUAGCCUAGGGUUUUGUGUACACAGUACAUGAGAAUAAAACAUUACAUUAUCUUGAUAGAUCACAUCAAAUGGAGGGAAAAGUGUAGCAUAAAGGAUGCUGCAUAGGCGCCAGUGAAUGAUUAUGAAUGACAAACUACACCACAAAAUAUCUAAAACACUUCAUCAGUGUAUUAGUUUUGCACCUCUUAGCAAACGUGAAUAUUUUAAUGGAAGACAUCCAGCAGUCACUGAAAAACUGCCUUUAAAGAACAAUCGAAACGCUACCUCCACAAUCAUGCAAAUGUACAAAUGUAAGCAAAUUCAGAUUCAUACUGGAAGCUACUGGUCAACUACCUCAAACUCAUUAAUACUAUGAAACUUCUAAAACAUUUAAGUGGCAUAAAAUGAUGAAUAAAAAAAGCACAAAUACCAUUUAAUAAUUUCAUUCUAAUAUGCUGAAGUUCUUUCUAUUCAUUAGAAAGUCAUUACAAAUAUUUUCCAAUCAGUGGUUAGUCUUGGUGAUUGAUGCCAGUAAAGCUGAUAAAGAUGGAGCGUGUAUCUCGUAAUGUGCUAAAAACUGCGGUUAUGCUUAAAAAAGCUACUUUGCAUCACAGGAGACAAAAGGAAAAGGAAAAAAAGCUGCUUGCACGCCCCCACACACACCACAGCCAAUUACUGUGUGUAGGUAGGUGUGAAUGUUAGAUUGUCGAGGCUGACAGUGGUGAUCGUGGAUGAAUCAGUAUCAAAGGCUCUAAUCUGCUGCCUUUGGCAACUGAUGAUUUUCCAGCCGAGCAGAAAGUGUGCCCCCUGUGAAACAAAUGGAAGUUGUUAAAAUUACAGGGUAACCUUAGAACGUCCACAAAUUAAGUGAAAUAAUAUGAAGUGAAUGUGAUAUUAAAUGAAACCACAGAUAUAUUGAGGGAGGAGGAAGAUGAUACUGACAGAGUUUGAAGAACUAAAAUAAAAUCACACAAGUGGAACAGAAAACGAGUUCUAGAAAUGGUACUAAUCACAAUUUGCGCAACAUCUGAAGUAAAACAACAGAGAGAGAGAGAUACCGCCAAUGUGGAUGACAAAAGUACCCAACAUGCAUUUCUUUGCACGUGGUUUGGUUUCUCUAAAAUGCAGCAAUUAAAGAGGAGGAGCUCCCCCAAAAAACUCAUGAAUAAUGAGGGCCAGAUUCAUAUUCACAUUUUUCUUACAGGGAAACUGAAUACAGAGUGAUGCAGUGUUGCUGCAAUCACAGCAAACCUCUCGCCACAGCGUUGCAGUCAGUCUCUUUAUUACAAAUGCAGCAUUACUCUCGUUUUGCCUUUUCGUGCUAGAUGUUUAUAUAGGAACGAACAGCAUAAAACAAAAUGUGAAUGUGAGAUGUGCUAACUUUAGUUUCCUGCUGUUAUCUGCUCCAGAACAAAUAACUUAAUGGUGUUAUGAUUACAGUUUUUGGCUGUGACCAUUAUUUAAAAAUGAUUACUUGCUCAAAAUAGCAUUUCUGUUUUUCUUGGGGGAAAGCUGGUAUUUCUUCUGAAAAUAUAGAUUUCAGUUUAAAGGGGAUUUCCACUGAUUUUUUACGCACAGAAAGUAGCUAGAAGAAAUUGGCUUUGUAAGCUAAAAAUGACCUUAAGUUGAAAAAUAUACAUAUGUCCUUUGUAACCACAAAAAUUGUUGGUUGCCCAUUCAUUGCAAUGAAUGUUGCCAAGAGUUAAGGCAACCAGCUGGUUGAGUUUGAGUGUGCAAAACCCUCAGCCUCAACCAACUCAGGGUUCAGUAUCUUGCCCGAGGAACCUUCGACACAUGGGCUGGAGGAGCCGGAAAUCAAACCCCCAACCUUUUGAUUGGUAGAUGACCUACUCUACCACCAGCUGUUGCUCAGAUGUUACAGCAAGUCAGACAUGUGGGAACCAACCUGUCUCCAAACAACUGCAGUCUUGCAGAUUGGCUAAGGUUUGCAAAUAA